AUGAAAACCUUAUGGCUUCACUUUCCUCUUAUUCAGAUGAUAGUCACAACACCUGAGAAAUGGGAUGUCAUUACUCUCAAGAGAAGUGAUAUCUCACUUUCAACGUUGGUGAAGCUCCUAAUUACGGAUGAAGUGCAUCUAUUAAAUGAUGAUAGAGGCCCUGUAACAGUGGCAGUGCUAGUAACCUGA